CCAGUUUAUAAUUAAUUUAUCCAUCUCUAUUUGACAUAAACGAAAUCAAAACGUCAUGUAUGUCUACCUAAGGUAACUUAAUCGAUCUGUACUGCUGUACGAUUUCUAGACUCGACAGGCGGAUGAUGAUCUUCCAGCCCUGUAGAAUUGCCGAACGAACCCCACACAAAAUUCAUAUGGCUAUUCUCUUCGAGUGCGACAGUAUCAUCUCCUUUGCCGGCUUUGACAUCAUACAAUUAUUUAUAUAUAUAGGAUGAGCUGCCCCGGUUCAUCCAAAAUGAAAGGAAAUGCAAUAUCUCCAAUUUCCGUUUCGUUUCUACUUAGUAUCCGCUUCUUGAGACGAGAUUGAAGAUGUUGAAACUCACCAUCACCGCACUCGGCUUUCUCGCUGCCCAAGCGGCAGCACAAUGCUCCCGCGAAGACCUCAUUGCUGCCACUGACAGUCUUCUCGCCGCACAGACUGCGGGAAAGCCCGACACGGUAGCCCCUCUAGCCGAUACAGUAGCCUACUUGGAGGCGUUCAAGACAGCCAAUAUCAACACUGGAAUACUGUCUCACCCGCUCAAGAUCGACUUCAACCGUAGUCUGCACGACACCACCCAAUGCGCUACGUACACCGAGAUCGUUGUCACGGAUAGGGCGCACCCGUACGUCAUAGGUACGCAGAUGCGCUUCGCCGACGGAAAGAUUGCCAAUAUCAGUUCUCUUGUGACCGAUCAGGGAGACUGGCUCUUCAAUGCUACUGGCACUUUAUACUGGGCGUCCCGGGAGAAGUGGGAUCCAAUCCCGGAGGACCAACGCGACAGCCGGGAGGUGAUAAAGGCUGCGGCGGAUGCCUACGCCGACCUAUUCAAUGACAAGACCGUUCAAGUCCCUUGGGGACACCCCUGCGCGCGUCUUGAGGGCGGGAUGUACACUGGUUCGGGCUCCGAAAACGACAGGUGUGAUGUUGGCGUUCCCAACGGUGUCAAAUUAGGUAACCGCCGCUAUGUUAUCGACGAGACUCUCGGCGCUGUUGAUAUCUUCAUCGACUUUGCCACUGUCCCGGACAGCCACGAGUUCCGAGUUGAGAAGGGCAAGCUUCGCUACGUCCAUACCAUAACCGUGAUGGGUUAGAUGAUUAGUAGGCGAGGAGAGGGAGCUUGGGUGACUCUACGAAGCUUAAUAUCGUGAAAAGUUGGGUUGAAAACGAGUUGAUCAGAUACAAAUAGCCAGUUGUGUACCUAGGUAGGGAUCGUCGACAGAAAAUAAAAUGGACACUUCACAUAAAUUUCACCCCUCGUAGCCUUGCGUAAAAAUGCACUUGCAUUACUUCAAUUCAAUAAAGGAAUUCCCGAAAGUGUCUUAGCGGGAAUAAGACGUAUUAAAUACCAAAGACCCAGCCCAUCCUACAAGGUAUAU